AGAAUACAUCUUUCUCAAACUGUUGUCUCCUUUUAACAGUGAAUGAUUAUUAUUAUCGCCAUUGCUGGUCAGUAGAACAUCAGGGCUUGGUUGGGAAGCUGUGAAUGUUACUCGUUGUAUUUGUCGACGACUUUGAUGCAGUUAAGAAUAUUUACAUCGUUGGUAACAGUUUUCCAAUUUUUGAUCGCCUCAUCGUUUGGAAAUGAUUUCGUAAUCUACAGAAACAGAUCACGGACGAAUCAAAUUUGGGAGAGUUGGGACUCUUUUAGGAUUCCAUCUUCGACAUGUCAACAAACAACUCCAGGAGAUCGAUGUGUUCCAUUUGCUGCAGAUAUAGAUAGCAAGAGAAACUGUUCUUGUUUGUGUCAAUCAGCUGACACUUCCACAUUUGUUUUUCAUGAAGGACAAUGGACUUGUCUUGAAAAUUUGAGAGUUAGAGACCUUCAUGGCGGUAAGGCAGAAAAUCCAUACUGAAGUUGUUGUUAAAUGGGAAUUUAGAGCCUAGAUUAUCCGCGGUGAUUUCACUGCAUUUGAUGCAUUCUCAUUAUUCAAAACGCCCUACAAGUCUUGACUUUCAUUCCCAUCUGGAAUUCCAGAUGCCAUAUGAGCAAGAAAAAGCUACAUUAAAUGCCGAUUUAUGUAUUUUAAACAAAUGGCUUUCAACUGUUAAACCUUAAUCUUCAAUGACCGGAAGGGCAGGAAAUAUUGCUUUCAUCGUAAUUGGGAAAUAGUGUGUUUUCUAACGGCUGGCCUUUUUAAAUUACAUUUAUUUAUUAGACUGCGGCAACACUGACUACUUGCUAUCAGAGGUAGACCAUCUUCCACCUCUUGAUGACUGGAAGGGCAGGAAAGAUUGCUUUUAUUUUAAUUGUGGGAUGGUAUGUUUUCUAACGGAUAAUCAUUUUUAAAUUCCCAGAGCCCUGCAGUAACACUCACUACUUGCUGCCAGAGUUAGACCAUCUUCCAGAUCCUCCGUUGUCAGCAUUGAGUGUGGGUGACGUCAUCCCUACUGAUAUUUUACACGGUCUGGAUAUUCAACACUGCGAUGUCAAUCCCAAUUCGUCUUGGUAUCUUGGUUGUAAUGGGAAGCUACUUUUUUCGAGUCAGCAUCGGCGCAAGAUUGGGGAGUUGUUUGCCUUUAAAUUUAAUAGUACAGUCAGCUCCAUGUACUUUGUUCUCGAGGUAUAGUGAAGAGUCAAAUGUAGUUAGUUGUUCUCUUUGUUCCAAUUUCAGCGCUUUUAAUUAUUGCACGUGGUUUUAGAAAUGCUACUGGACCAACAGAACAUCUGGUAUAAUAGUUUCGUUUCAAUUUCUUUAGAUAAAUCAUCCAAUCUUUCCCCCUAAGGUUUGCCGCUCAUUUUCUUGCUAUUAGAUUUAUUACCAUUCUUAAACUGUCUCCUCACGGUCAACUUUCUAUCGAAGACGGGCACCUUCCAAAAUCGACGAACACCUUGACUCGUGGAUACCUUUCUAGGCAGGGAGUUGACCCUUGGUCAAAGAGCUGUUAACUUUAUCAUAGGUGUUAACGUCCACAUAUUUACGCUUAUGUCUGUCUUAAAUUAACCUGAGAGACUAUCUUUAGUUUGCAUCAACCCAGAAUAUACAUAAAGCUGGACUAAAGGGCUUUAUCUUAAGUUCGUGGAUUAGUAAAAUAUUUUUGCCUUUUUUAAAAUGCAAACAAUAAACGGUGUAUCAUCAUGUGCCAUGAUAUAGGUCAAACGUGGAGUACAAAACGCUGAAUUAUUACAAGGAAGAGUGAUUAACCUUGGCAUUCUAUGCCACGAAUUCGGGGGACAUCAAUAUCACGGCUGCAUACAGAUCAAAUUAAAGGGAAAGUUAACAUGUGAGUGACCAAGGAUUGCCAUUAUUCUGUUAAUUACUGUUAUAAAAGAUAAAGUCGAAGUUUGGUCGCUAGGUAACUAGUGAGGUAAAAGUGCAAUAAAACCGUCUUAAUUUGAGAAGAACAUAUAUAUUCGCAAUGUUGAAAUAAGUUAGUCAUGGGUAUAUGUUCUUGGGGCGUAUAGUACCAUGUGCAAAUAGGAUAAGAAAGGUGUGGUGUCUCUGCAUGAAUAGGGGGUGAAAGCCACUGAAACACAAGCAGUUUGAUAAUCAGGUUAAUACCAAUAAGUGGAGCGUGCUCUUGGGUGAAGGUUCUGGGUGAUAUAGUAAAGAAUAUUAAUUAAAACAACAAGUUUAGGACCCGUUACAGAGGCAGGGAAAGGGCAAACAUCAUUUAAUUGUUUCCUUUUUUAUUUCUAAUAAGGUCCUGUGAUGGUGCCCAAUUUACAACCGCCUUCAUCGGCGAUGCCAAAGAACACAUCUACCAGAGCGGCGUCGACGUCUUUAAAAAUGGGUCUUACAACCUCAAUAAUUGUUUCUGCUUCCUCGACAGGGUCGAUCUCUUCAAAACCUAUUUCCACAACCUCGAUUAUAGCUUCUGCAAACUCCACAGGAAUUCACCCAACCUCAACGGUAUUCCGUCCAACUUUGAUGGCUACGCAGACUUUUCCCAACCCUUCACAGACCAUUCUGGUAGCCCGACACACUGUUACUAGGUCUACAACCUUGCAAUCGAGUUUAGUUUCUGCCAACACGGCAGAGUCAGUCUCUUCAAAAAUAAUUCACACAACCACGAUAAUAGCUUCUCCAACCUGGACAGUAAUACGUUCAACCUCCAUAGUGAUUCGUCCACCCACAAUACCUACACGGGUUUUCUCCAGUCCUUCACAGACUAGACUCAAACUCUCUUUUACUCGGUCUAUAGUAUCGCUGCCGUCUGCAAAUCACGCAACCCCAAAAGUGAAUCGUCCAUCCUCGAUAGAUACGCGGAUUACAUCCAGCACAUUACAGACCAGUUUCAAAUUCCUCAUUAUUACUCGGUCCAGAGUCUUGCACCAGUCGACAUUUGUUUUGCCUUCAAAUGUAAGUAUACUAGUGUACUUUAUCCAAAGGCAGCUUUUCUCAAUUCACCCUUCACAACUCUCCAGGUUCAUCAAUAAGUUGCCAGGGCCGUCCUCAAACUUUUCUACUGGUUAAAUUCCUCAAACUUUCUUAAGAGGUUCUUUUAAAGUCAAAGAUUUUAGGUCAUCCUUAAACUCCUUCAGAUGAGGGAAUCACGUGCAACUCCAUCACUUGAUAAAGAUUCCACGAUGGAAUCGAAAGCUUUUGUAUGCUUAUAAGUUUUCAUCCCGAGUUUUCAGACCUCUUUGCUGCUUUAAAUAUCAUUCCAGGAUUAAGUAACUCUCUCUUCGCUAAUAUUCCGUCAGGGAAAUUCCUAUAUUGAUAAAAAUGAGGUUUCUCCUGAUUCAUGUGAGUCGAAAACGAUCUAACCCAACUCACUCCAAAUGGCAGCCAAAGGAAAAGACUUACCAAAAAAAGGCUUCUUAUAAAAACCUAAGAAAUAAAUAGUACUAACACAAACGAAACAAAUAGUCUGGCCAUAAUUUGGUCUGGCGCCAUAACAUGGCGUGAAGUGUUGCUAACCACCCCGUUGAUGUAAAAUUGUGAAGAUACCCACUGACAACUUGUCUCCCAAAUGCUCGCUAAACAAGAGUGUAAAUUCUAGCCGACGAAUGAGAGAUUAUGGAAGGUUUUGGACAUCAUAACUAUUUCCCAACUAGUUUUUAACUUUCUGAAUUAAGUAGAAGAGAAAGUAAUCAAAUUUGCUUCGUUGGCAUAAAAUGUAAAUGUACAUCCAAUAAACACUAAGUUACUUAUGGCACAUUUGGUAGCUGAUAAUGAAAUAGACACUUGUAUGGCUAGCGUAGUUUAGAGUAAACAUAAACGUUUUUUUUUUCAGAGUCUGACCUAGGAUCGGUUAUUUUUUGUUUCGCCUUUAGGUUCAUUUACGUCCCAGCCCAAACAUGGAGGGCGAUACAAAAGGCAGGUCAUCAUCUGUGGGUUUUAUUACAGGCAUCUCAAUAUCCAUUUUUCUAGCAGUUGUGAUGAUUGGGAUCAUUGGGCUCAUAUUUCAUCUCCGCUGCUAUACUGGGUAAGAAUUUGUUACAUUUAUUCCAGUGAUAUAUAUUUUCCUAUAUAUAUGUAUAUCGUAAAGUUCCUAAAGCAGCGCCCUUGUCGAUUUAGUGUGGAUUUAGCCAAUUUGUGAUAUAAAUUGUAGUAUGGAAAGGUAUAUUUAUUUGGGAUUUUUGAGCUAUGGAGACCACAAUUACUAACACUCCAUAAUUCAGACACCCUCAGCGUCGUUGGAAAGGGUCUUUUCAUUUGAAGAUUUUUGGGUGGUCAUAAUUUAAUAGUUCCCUGCCUUCGGUACGGGUGACGUUGUUGAAAGAAAGUUUACCGUCAGUCAGGGAUCUCUGGGAGAAAAUGGAGGACCGCCUUUCUCAAAAUAAUAAUCUUUUUCUAUUCUUUAGAAGUUUCUCGAAGCGCAAGUUAAAAAUCUAAAUUCGUGCUAAAUCGAGCUCAUUUUAUCUUCGUAGAAAGUGGUACAAUGAACAGAAGGAUCAUCAGGUGAGGUGAUUAUAGUCCUACGCUAUGAACAAAAAAUAUCAAAACAAACGUCGAUAAUCACUGUCUAUAUAUUAUCCCAAAGACGUCUCCCUGUGAUUAACUGUCAUCUUCUUAGUACAUGAUCCUGGACAACUUGUGACCAUGGUGGAUUUUGGUAUCUUUGGAUUUCUAAUACCAUUGGUCAACUUGUUGUAUACAAACACUAGCAUCCCUACUGGAGAAAGUAGUUAUAUAUCAAUAGGCGUUUUCACGCUCUUUACAGAAACAGGCGGGAAAGACAAGUUACUGCAUUAUGGAUUCCGUUGAUCCAAAAGUCCAGUACUCUCUGAUCGACGAGGUGCAAGUCAAGACUGAAUCUUUAAAUAUGAAUCUGUAAAUAAACCGCCUUUUAUUUGUCUGUUUUACAGAAAACCGUUAUGAUGAGCGUACAUAGAAACUUAGCAUUCCGCGAGGAUGAUGAAAAUGAGUACAAUUCGCUUACUAUCAGAGCAAAUGGAAUGCGUAAGUAGACACAUUAAGGGUUGAAUGUGUAAUUAGUUUGCGCAAUUAUAAAUAAUCUCAUCAAAAUCAGAAAAUCAACUUUGGAGCUGGGUCAAUUAAUUACACCUCCGGCACUUUUGCUUUUGUUGCAUCUAGAAUCUGGGAAACCAUUCCCCUGAAUUUUUUUAAAAAGAAUAUCUUAUUUAUAACCACUUUUAUAACCAAUAGAAACUUUAUCUUCCAAAAACCCACUCCCCCACCAAGAAAAAAACAUUUAAUUUCCCUGCCCGCUAAUAAUAGUAUAAUAUAUUGUUUUUAUCUAAAAUUGUAAGUACGACUGUUGAGCCUUUUCAUUUUCCUGUCUCCGUUACUUGUAGUUUUAAGUAAAUGUCUACGCCAGUUGCACGAGUGAACAAAUCGAAAGACUUCUAAGCUUCUCUUAUCGCUGCCCACAUUUUACCUUUCAUCAUUUACGCAAUUUGCUUUUCUGUUUUGCUUUUCUGUUCUUGUAAUAUAUUGUAAUGUAUGAAGUAACAUUUUAAUACUGCAAAAAAUUAUAAAUCUGUAUCUGAAUCUGCGUCUUAUGAUAGCAAUUGCUAUAUGCGAUUGGGGCAUGACUGCGUCACUGCAAAUAUAUUCAAAGCAAAGUGAAGUCAUCUUUAGUCAAAGUCAAAGAAAUGCCAAAUGUUAAUUGUACAAUCUAAAUACAACGAUCAUCUUAACAACAAGCAUUAAUGAUUUUUCCCCAGAGCGUUACGCAUCUAUUUACAGCAGGCCACGUAGUCCGGCUGCAUGUGAGGAUAUUGGCGAAAGUCACAUUUACGAGACAAUAGAUGAUCCCGAAGAGGAAAAUGUACGCAGCUCUAAAGAGCCUGUUCCCGAAAAGGAGAUAUCGCUGGAAAGAUUUGAAAAGCCGGUCAUUAGCAAUUUAAAGGCAGAAUGCGACGUUUUUUAUCAACUUCAUCAGAAAGAUGUGCAAAGUUCUCUCCACGAUGGCGCUAUUUCGUCAGGGGGAACAGACCCUCGUAAAGGGACAUAA